UUUUUAUACUCUAGAUUUAAAUACAAAAAUGAAAACGCUUAUUGUUUUUGCUUUGUUAAUUGCUUUUGGAGCUUCCUUAAAGGAACCCUCUCCAGAAAUUAUUCCGGUACCAGGAGGUCUCUCUGGAGAUGCAGUAACCACCCGCUACUGGGAUUGUUGCGGAGUUUCCUGCAGCUGGGAUGGUAUUGUACACACUAAAAAUGGCAUACCUGUUCGAUCUUGUGAAAAGGACGGUGAAACCUACAGUACAAAAGAGAACAAUGCACAGUCCACAUGCUGGAAUGAAAAUGGACCUGCUUUUACUUGUAGUAAUCAAGUACCAUUCGUUAUAAAUUCCACAUUAUCCUAUGGAUUUGCAGCUGUUUCUUUUGUGGGAAGUACAGAUACCGGCCAUUGUUGUCAAUGCUACCUUCUAAAGUUCCAAGACCAACUUAAAGGUAAAGAACUGUUGGUACAAGCAAUUAAUACCGGCAGCGAUUUAGUAAACAAUCAAUUUGAUCUCCAAAUACCUGGUGGCGGCGUUGGUCUCUACAACGGCUGUGUUAAACAAUGGAAUGCUCCCGCUGAUGGCUGGGGAGAGCGUUAUGGUGGAGUUACCUCAAUUGAAGGAUGUGAUCAAUUGCCAGUUCAGUUGCAGGAUGGAUGCAAAUGGAGAUUUGAAUAUUUAGAAGGAGUUUCGAAUCCAAGUGCAACAUUCUAUGAAGUUAAAUGCCCAUCAGAACUUAUUGAUAUAACUAACUGCGGCGAUAGAGAUUAAAAUCUUUUGUAAUAUAUUUUUAGUAUAAACUGAAUAAAUAUUCUUCAUUUAUUAUUUUUUUGCUAAUAAAUUUAAGAUUUGUAAUUUACUAUUAUAAAUAACAAUUACCACUCUCGCUAAAAAAGUGAUAAAU